GAACAUCAUCAUGGCAGCAGCCGCUAGGAGGGGUCCUUGUGGUUGUUUGUUAACUAUGUGCAUUUCCGGACUAGUAGAUUCGAUGUCACAGUAUUCUUUUGAAGUGGAAAUUUGAGUUAAACUUAGUGAUGGCUACGGCAGCCAACGGAGACAGUGAAGACAAGUUAGUGUGCCGAGAAUUUUGUGAAAAACAUGCGAGGCUGGUCGCGGCCGAGUUUGCCGCUAGUUACCGUUUGUUUCUUAAUGAACACCCUAACGUAGUGAGAAGUGUCGCGGCUCAGGAGCUAUCCCGGAAAUUUACAGACUUAUUUCAAGAGUUCUUUGAAGCUGAAUUGAAAAGGCGAGACGGAAACUCAGUUUGUGCGGAAACUAGGGGAUUAUCUGGCGCCGCUAACGGCCACGGAACCCAGGAGACUCCAGUAAGCAGUACCGAUAAUGUCAAAUCCAGGCCACCUAGACAUAACAACACGUCUCAAGAAAACCUUCGAAGUUUUGCUAAUCACGAAGAUUAUAGUGAUAUUUCAGACCCGGAGAUUGAAUCACCAAAAGCUCACCACAGACCAUUUUUCAGACGAUUAUCGUUUAAAGGGUUAAAAAAAGGAAAAGGGUUAUUUCAUAAACAACAUUCAGACGAGGUGGAACUGUCUUAUUCUCAUCACGACAGAAGAACUAAGGCAGAAAAACACGAAAAAACUAAGUUAGCGAAAAUUGUUGUGGAAUGUGUGAAAGAAGGAAUAGUUAACUAUCUUACCGGGGACAACCUCGAUGGGAAACAGAAGUGGGAGAAGUGUAGAUUAGCGCUUGUAAGACUACUGCAGGAUACAUGCUAGAAUUCUUUUCCCCCCCAAAAGAGGAACAAUCGGCUGGAUUCGGUUGUCAUGGAGACUGAAUAUGAUGACAGGAAGAGACAGACUCACCCGAAGCAAGUAACAAGGCAUUGAGCAUGAGUUUGUGGUCAUUGAUUGGUGUAACGUUUUUUUCAACAGAUUCAUUCUUUGAUGAAAAGAUUGCGUUUUAAUUUAUGAACGUAGCAAACAAAGAAAGGAAACAUUUAAAAUU